CUUUGCUCUCUUCUACAUCUUCAACACUUGACAAGAUGAGCUAUUACUGCGGCAACUACUAUGGUGGCCUGGGCUAUGGCCUUGGUGGUCUGGGCUGGAACUACGGCUGUGGCUACGGGUCCCUCCGAGGUCUGGGCUGCGGCUAUGGUGCUGGCUAUGGUGGCUAUGGAUAUGGCUGCUACCGCCCAUGUUACUAUGGAAGAUACUGGUCCUCUAGCUUCUACUGAGAAACCCUGCUCUCGACGUUGCACGUGACUGAGACCCAUCAGCCAAUUUUCCUCUUCUAGAUUCUGCUGUCUGGACACUUCAUUCCAUUGGUGCUUCUCUCUGAUGAAAUUAUGAUGAGCCAAUCCCAGGUCACUUUGAUAGAUCUUCAGAUUUCAGUUUACCAGGACAGAUGGGAUAAAAAUCACCUGAACUUGCAAUUCUAAUUUGGGCCAUGGGGGAGGGGUGGAUGAAGUUACAGUUUGGGUAACGAGUCACCCUUUGGACAUAAAUUUUGGCAGAGCUCUCAUUCUGAAUUGUUCAUGUGAGAUCCGUGAAAAUUUAUUUUCAUUAAAUUUGCUUUGUCUGGUA